CACAGACCACAAAUUCCCACCAAAUCCUGUAGUUGUUUUUUAACCGUUUGGAUUAAACUACCGACGACAUAUCGCACGGUCAGAUAAGGGUCCAGACAACAUGCUAGAUUUUACAGCUGUUACAAAGUCCCACAUUAGAAGUUCUCUUUUUCUCCCCUUUGAAAAACUCUCAACUUUCCCACCCGCGUGCUGUUUGCUUCUACUUUGAGCAAUUUCUUUUCUUUUUCUCUCUCUCACUCUCUCAAUUUUCAAAUCCCAAAUCUCAAGUCAAGAAGAAAAUCCCAAUUUUUUGUUUCUGGGUUUUGGUGGAAAGAAUCCAAGGAGUUUCAUCAAUGGCAGAGGUUUUGAGCAAAACCAGUCUCUUCUCGUCUUGGCAUCAUCACAAUCGUCAGAAUCAAAGCAUCUCUGUUUUCCCGAAGAGUUGUAAUUACAAUAAAUCUGGGUCGUUUUGUUGCUCUCUGAAACUGAACCCAGAGAUUUCAUCACUUUCAUUAUCGACAAAGAGUGAUUUUCAUGGCAAAGGGUUUGCUCUUCAAGAGCAUAGAGCCAUGCCCAGCAGAGGGAAUUUCCAAUCCCAGGCUGCUUCUGUCGUUAAUUCCCUGACGGGUCUUCGGUUUGGGAAAGCUCUUAAAUGGUGGGAAAAGGGAAAUCAACCCAACAUGAAAGAGGUAACAUCUGCACAGGACCUCGUGGAUUCACUAUCAAACGCUGGAGAUAAGCUUGUGGUGGUUGAUUUCUUCUCUCCUGGUUGUGGUGGCUGCAAAGCUCUUCAUCCAAAGAUAUGUCAACUGGCAGAGAUGAACCCAGAUGUCCAAUUCCUUCAGGUGAACUAUGAGGAACACAAAUCCAUGUGUUAUAGCCUUAAUGUUCAUGUGCUGCCCUUCUUCCGCUUCUACAGAGGUGCUCAUGGUCGUCUAUGCAGCUUUAGCUGUACAAAUGCCACGAUCAAGAAAUUUAGAGAUGCCUUAGCCAAGCACAAGCCAGACCGCUGCAGCCUUGGGCCAACAAAAGGGUUGGAGGAGAAAGAGCUCCUGGCUCUUGCUGCUAAUAAAGAUAUCUCAUUUAACUACACACCUAAACCAGUUGAAGCUGUGCCUACGCCUGCAAAGGAAGUGAUUGUAUCUGAAGCGGCACCAUCUCGUCUUAACUCGGAAGCUCUUCCUCUUCCAUCAAUGACAACCUCAAAGUCUGCUCAAGUGGUCACUGCUUGGAGAUAACGUGGUUAGUUUUCACAAUCCCUACGCUACCCUACCCCCUUGUAAUGUACGGUUGUGUUUCUUCUUGAUGAUACAUGCCAGAAUGAAACACACAUAUAUAUAUGUAUAGUCAAGGUUAAGUGGAUACCACUGUAUGCAUACUUACAUAUAGCCCUAUAAAGUUGCAGGGCUUCGGAUUUGGUUUUUGGGAUCCAAGCCUGCAAGUAUCUAGUAAUUUUGAAGAGCAACCAAUUGUAUGAUUGUUGGUCUGCUCCUAUAUCUCUUCUAGGAAGAGAAGCCACUUGUGAAUGUAAAGAGCUUAUUUUUCUCUUAACUGAUGGAAGAACUUUUUUCUCCUCAGUGCUUUUUUUUUCCUUCUUAUUGGAGUGUGGUAUAACUGUAUAAGUAUUAUAUUUUGGGUUUGAAUAGAGUGCUGGUUUUGCAA